UCAAAGUAAGAAGCCACGCCUCCCGCUGACCCCGCAAACCCUGGGGGAGACGAGUGUUCAGGGUUUUUAAAAGAUAAAUACGCUGGAAGUAAAUUAACCUCUGGAGCGAGUUUUAUCACUUUAGAGAGUCGUUCGCAUUUUUGUGAAGAGGGCUUCGGGAUUUCGGGAUUUUUGGAGGACUUUUCCAUUCUUUUUUUGGGUGUCGUAGUGAAGGAUGGAUAAAAUGCGGCCUAGCGGCGGAGCGGCUGGCCACCUCGGGCUCGCCUCGCUCUUUCCGCCGGGUCUGCAAGCCAUUUAUGCGGAGUGUCGGCGCCUGUACCCCGAUCAACCAAACCCGCUUCAAGUCACUGCCAUCGUUAAGUACUGGUUAGGGGGCCCAGAUCCUCUAGACUACAUAAGUAUGUACAGAAACGUGGGAUGUCCUGCUCUGGAUGUUCAGGAACACUGGCAUUAUGUGAGUCUCGGCCUGAGUGAUCUGUACGGAGACAACAGAGUUCAUGAAUUCACUGGUCAAGAUGGUCCAAGUGGAUUUGGAUUUGAGCUUACAUUUCGGUUAAAGAGGGAGCCCGGGGAGACGGCUCCCCCCACCUGGCCAGCUGAGCUUAUGCAAGGUUUGGCUCGAUACGUCUUUCAAUCAGAAAACACAUUCUGCAGUGGUGACCACAUUUCAUGGCACAGCCCACUAGACAACAGUGAGUCCCGAAUCCAGCACAUGCUGCUCACAGAGGAUCCCCAGAUGCAACCUGUACAAACCCCAUUUGGUCUGGUCAGCUUCCUUCAAAUUGUCGGGGUGUGCACCGAAGAGCUGCAGGCAGCACAGCAAUGGAAUGGUCAGGGCAUUUUGGACCUGCUGCGUGGAGUGCAUGUUGCUGGAGGUCCGUGGUUAAUCACUGACAUGAGGAGAGGGGAGACUAUAUUUGACAUUGAUCCUCACUUACAACAGGAGAGGGUGGAUAAAGGCAUCGAAACAGACGGCUCUAACCUGAGCGGAGUCAGUGCCAAGUGUGCAUGGGAUGACCUGAGCCGACCUCCUGAGGAUGAGGACGACAGUCGCAGCAUCUGCAUUGGAUCACAGCCACGCAGGCUGUCCGAGAAAGACACUGAACAGAUCAGGGAAGCCCUGAGGAAAGGACUGGAGAUUAACAGCAAGUCAGUCUUACCUCCCAUUAACAGUCAGAAACACAACCAAGACCGGCCACUACAAUCAGUCGGACAUUUGCAGAGCAAGCAGAACUCAAGAAGCCGUAAGGACAGUCUGGAAAGUGAGAGCUCAUCUGCUAUUGUUCCCCAUGAGCUGGUGAGGACACGACAGCUGGAGAGUGUGCACCUCAAGUUCAAUCAGGAGUCUGGAACUCUGCUCCCACUGUGCCUUAGAGGUCGUCUCCUUCAUGGGCGGCACUUCACAUAUAAAAGUAUCAAUGGUGACACGGCAAUCACUUUUGUAUCCACUGGAGUAGAGGGUGCCUUUGCAACAGAAGAGCACCCCUACGCUGCUCAUGGGCCAUGGCUACAGAUCCUUCUCACUGAAGAGUUUGUGGAGCACAUGCUAGGUGACAUUCAGGAUCUAAGUAUUCGUGACGAGUUCAAGCUACCAAAGGAAUACAGCUGGCCUGAUAAGAAGCUAAAGAUUUCCAUCCUGCCAGAUACAGUGUUUGACAGCCCGCUGCAAUAAGACUGAGAAGCUGAAUCUCCCCACACGUCUCUAGAGGAGUGCUGAGCCGCCGGGGCUCCAUAGAGACUCGUGCUUAUACACAGUUGGAGGAAAUGGACACGUAGACACUUGACUCCCUCUCAGACAGCUGUUGGCACAAGACACUGAAUAUGCCUUUUUCACCAAGUAUUAACUCCAUCAUAGCAUUUAACCUUCAAAUGUUUCUGUUGAAUGCAAUUUGCCAAAAUUCCCUUAUAUAAUAUUCAUUUUCAAAAGUCUGUGUGCCUACAGCCUGUACAGAAAGGGUUUUUGAAUCCUUUUUUUGAAUAUUCAAGAUGGGUUUUACUGUAAAAGGGCUUUCUGUAAAGCUAUGAUGUGCAUUAACCAGACUGAGAUUUGCAUCAGGUUGAAGAAUGACUUUUCCUAAAUCUAAACAAUGCCUGUUGAGUUUAUGGGAGAACAAACAUGGAAGAGCUACAAAAAUUUUUAUUAUAAUUAUUGUUAUUGGGGUCAGAGAAUGAUCAUUUUGUAUAAGAGGUUGGCUGAAACCAUGUUUACACGUUUUAAAGGUUGGGCAUAGCAAAUUCAUAGCCUUGCCAAAUAUCCCCAAACGCUUUCUCUGCCACAAGGAAGUACUGAUGUAAAUCUGCUUAACGGUUGCUUUGAGUAUGAAAGCAUUAUUUGAAAUGUUCAUUGUGUACAAAAAGAUUGAUUAUACCAAAGGUGUAUUUCCUGGAAAAAUCAAAUCUUUUUUUUUUUUUUUAAGCUCUAGAAAGCUAUACUGCCAAUCUUAACAUGAUGAAUGCCUUGUGAGUUAUUAGUACUGCAUUAUAAAAAAUGUGCACAGUCUUGUCAGGAAAUCUUUAGUAGCUAGAGGAAACUUUUGACCAGCAAAACUAUAACAAACUGCUUCUCAUGCAGUCAACCUGGAACGAAUCCACCUUUUGUAUCAUGAGCUAAUGAAGUGUUUAGAUAGCUCGCAAAUUAAAUACACUAGUGCCUGUUUAAAACUGUGAUCAACACUAUCUUUAGCAAGUUGCUAAUGUAUACCAAAGCCAGUAUUUAAUUUGCAUUCUCGUGUAUUGGAUGUAGGAGAUCAAAAGCCCAUUUUAUGUCCUCCUCCCCCUUGAUUUCUUUAACCAUUAAAGUGCAAUGGUUAACACAUUUCACUUGUUCCUGUUACACUCCAUGUUAUUUUAUGGCUGUAAGUUAAAAGGUGUUUGUGAGAACAGAAGUAUGUUAACAAACUGCAUUAGUUCCCUUUUUUAAUACCCAAAUGCAUAGUUUGUGUUUGUUUGUUUGUUGUUUUUUUGGAAGAGGUCUUUAUGUAGUGUAUUGUCUUUUUAUAUUCUUUCAAAUCACUAAACUGCCUGUUUUUCUUACCAUUAAAGUGCAUUAAAGUUUAUUUACAUAAA